GCCUUCAUUUUUCAACACGAGUCGUGAUGGCCCAGUUCGAGUCUGUUUCUUUGUGAUCAGAGUAAUUAUAUCUUUGUCGUGCCUGGUGCCCUUGUUCAUAGCACACCGUUUUGGUGAUAAGAAGAGCUGAUAUACUACGGUAUUUACUGGAUCGCGUUUAUUUCUUGGCAGUAUGGCGAAGGGUCGAAGGAAGAAGAAGAAGGUGCUGACCUCUGCUAAGCCUAGAAGUGGCGCAAGCUUAGAUGAAGGUGCUCGACCUCCACAGGCGAUUGUCGUGUCGCGUGGCGAAGUGGGCCACAACGUACUUCGUCUCGUGAUGGAUUUGCGGCGAAUCAUGGAGCCCUUCACGGCGCCCAAGCUCAAAGUGAGAAAGAACAAUGUGAUCAAGGAUUACGUUGCUGUUGCUGGUCCACUGGGAAUUACACACAUGCUGAUGCUAACCAAGACCGAGGAGCACACCAACCUUCGUAUGGCAAGGUUUCCAAGGGGUCCAACUCUCUUCUUCCAAGUGAAUGAGUAUUCGUUCAUGAAGGAUAUUGCUACAGUUUUGCGCCGGCCUAAAUCCGGUGCAGCACAGUUUCAGACACCAGCAUUGCUAAUUCUGAAUAACUUUAGUGGCGAUGCACCGCAUAUGAAGGUCAUGGCCAGCAUGUUUCAGAACAUGUUCCCGGCUAUUAAUAUACAGAAGUUGAAGUUGGCUGACAUCCGCCGUUGUGUUCUCAUCACCUACGACUCUGAAAAGCAGCUUGUAUACAUCCGUCAUUUUCAUGUGCAGGCUGUGCCCGUAGGUAUGAGUCGGCAGGUGAAGAGAUUGCUCAAGCUACAGCUUCCUAACCUCAGCACGUGUAGUGAUAUCAGUGACUAUCUGCUAAAUGGUGGCCUUGGAUCAGAAAGCGAAGCAGAGGAUCCUGCUGACACACAGGUCACGCUGCCUCAGAAUGUGCCGGGCAGAGGCAACCUGAAGCAGCAGCGCAGUGCAGUACGCUUGACCGAGCUGGGUCCGCGAGUGUCAAUGCAACUGAUGCGUAUUGAGGAUGGCUUCUGUGAUGGGGAGGUUAUCUAUCAUUCCUACAUCAAGAAAACUAAGAAAGAGGUCAAAACCAUGCAAGCCGAGAAGAAGGCACGAGAAGAGUUACGUGUGCAUCGGAGACGUGAGCAGGAGAAGAACGUCAAGUUAAAAGCCAAGAAGCGCGAGGAGCACAAGAAAAAGUGUCGUGACGGACUGAAGAAGAAGAUGAUGCCCGCCGAUGCAGUGAAUGAGCGUAGCCACGCGUCAGAGGACAGCGAGGAUGAUGCGGAUUAUUACCGCAAAGAAGUCGGUGAAGACCCUGAUGCCGAACUGUUCCCAUCAAGGAAGAGAAGAAGAAGAGAAACGACAUCCACCAAGGCCCCCGCUGCAAAGCGUACGUCACGGGCGCAUCGUCAGAAGAGAUGAUGAGACUGUGCGCACUCGGAGCGCCGCGCUACUUUAUCGAGUCUGCCGUAUUCACAGGGUACGCCUUUGGAAAGGCGUUUCCCUCAACUUUAUAGGGGUUUCUCAAGUUGUUUGUGAUGGGACGGAGGUUGACCGGGCAGCGGCAAAGAAAGAGGACGGUAUCGUGUCCUGUUGCCCAGGGAGUGUAUUGUCACGCUUGCUAGCCCCAGUCCAGCCCAGCUUCUAUGCCACUGUACAUGCACCGGACCUCCAGGUGAGCUACAGUCCUACCAUCCAGACUCAAGUUGAACAGAAUCCCGAAGCAAGGUGACCAUGCGUUGCUGAUGGGUGUGGCAUAUAAUUCGUUGACGGAGAUGUGCACGCUACUGUUGGGCCGCGUAGCUGUGCUAGUUGAUUUCAGCUUGUCUGAUCCCGUUCUGACUGGUCGGCUCAGUGACGCUUAUUUUCCGUUGUCUUUUUCUGCCCGAGCCACAUUCCAUUUUUGUGCGUUUUCAAGUGACAGGAAACAGCAACAUUUGCUUUGUAUUGGCCCGAUGUGGAGAACUAAAUACUAGUAAUGCAACCGUG